AUUUUCUGGAGAAAGAAGCCUUGGGUGGGAGGGUUUAGGUUACUCGAACCCGUCUGGCUGUGGGCUUGGACUUGUAGGGCUGCCUGCAAUAUCGUUUUGUAUCUCUCUUGACCCAGACUGGUGAUUCUUACUCGAGCCCCGAUCUGUCUGUCUUUAUUGGGGAGGUGAUUUGUUGUCGACGCUGUUUGCUACUGCGCUCGUCGACUGCAGCGAAAGCUUCAUUCAGCCGUCAGCACACCACAGCCUUGAUCGUGCACAAUGAGAGCGUCGGCAUCUCUGCGAAGCCUGCGACUCAGGCAGGCCAGGACACAGAUUUCGAGCGCAAGGAGUCGCUACUUCUCGUCAUCAUGUCGUCGCUGGGCCUCGUCCUUGUCGGACGAUGCGGCCGAAUAUGAGGGACUCAACCGAGUGUCACGGAUUGUGACGCAGCCGAAAUCGCAGGGAGCGUCGCAGGCCAUGUUAUACGCGGUCGGGCUAAAUGAGGCGGACAUGAACAAGGCGCAGGUGGGGAUAUCGUCGGUGUGGUACAACGGCAACCCAUGCAACAAGCACUUGAUGGACCUGUCGAACAUUGUGAAGAAAGGAGUGGCGGACUCCGGGAUGGUGCCGAUGCAGUUCAACACGAUCGGGGUAUCGGACGCGAUUUCGAUGGGGACGACGGGGAUGCGAUACAGUCUGCAGUCGCGGGAGAUUAUAGCAGACUCGAUCGAGACGGUGAUGCAGGGCCAAUGGUACGACGCCAACAUCUCGAUUCCUGGCUGUGACAAGAACAUGCCGGGCGUGCUGAUGGCCAUGGGGCGGGUCAACCGGCCGUCGAUCAUGGUGUACGGAGGGUCGAUCGCGCCCGGGUGCGCGCGAACGCAAAACAACGCGCCCAUCGACAUUGUCUCGGCGUUCCAGGCGUACGGCCAAUUCAUUUCGGGCGACAUCAACGAGGAACAGCGGUUCGACAUCAUCCGGCACGCUUGCCCCGGCAGCGGCGCCUGCGGCGGCAUGUACACGGCCAACACGAUGGCGUCGGCGAUCGAGACGCUGGGCAUGACGCUCCCGGGCAGCUCGUCGAACCCGGCGGAAUCGCGAGAAAAGCAAUUGGAGUGCUUGGCGGCAGGCGGCGCCAUGAGAAACCUGUUGAAACUGGACCUGAAGCCGCGCGACAUCAUGACCCGGCAGGCCUUCGAAGACGCCAUGGUGCUGGUCAUGAUCACGGGCGGCUCGACCAACGCGGUGCUGCAUCUCAUUGCCAUUGCCGACAGCGUCGGCAUCAAACUGACCAUCGACGACUUCCAGGCCGUCAGCGACAAGACUCCCUUUUUAUCCGAUCUCAAGCCCUCUGGCAAGUUUGUGUUUAACGAUUUGCACCGCAUCGGCGGCAUCCCUGCCUUGCUCAAGUUUUUGAUCAAAGAAGGUGUCGUCAAGGGCGACGGCAUGACGGUCACGGGCCAAACGCUCAAGAAAAACGUCGAGGCCUUCCCCGACCUGCCCUCCGACCAGACCAUCAUCAAGCCCUUUUCCAACCCGAUCAAGAAAACCGGCCACAUCCAGAUCCUGCGCGGCAGCCUCGCCCCCGGCGGCAGUGUCGGCAAGAUCACGGGUAAAGAAGGGUUGAGGUUUGUCGGCAAGGCCAAGGUCUACGACGCCGAGGAUUUGUUCAUCGAGGCUCUCGAGCGCGGCGAGAUCAAAAAGGGCGAGAAAACCGUCGUGGUCAUCCGCUACGAAGGACCCAAGGGCGGGCCUGGCAUGCCCGAGAUGUUGAAGCCCAGUUCGGCCAUCAUGGGUGCUGGCCUCGGUCAAGAUGUCGCCCUGAUUACGGAUGGCCGCUUUUCGGGCGGUUCCCACGGCUUUUUGAUCGGCCACAUCGUCCCCGAAGCCAUGGAAGGUGGUCCUAUCGGUCUGGUCCGUGACGGCGACGAGAUCGUCAUUGAUGCCGAGUCCCGGAAACUCGAUCUGCUCGUCGACGAGAAGACUCUUGUCCAGCGGCGCAAGGAAUGGAACAAAAACAAACCCCAACCCCGCUACAGACGCGGCGUGCUGGCUAAAUAUGCCAAACUCGUCAGCGACGCCAGUCAAGGUUGCAUUACUGAUAAGGAAGAUGUGGUGGAUAUUCACGCUUAAGCCCCCUGCAAAAAUGGAAUGGAAUUGCAAAACAGUGCGACCUUAACACUAGUUCGGAUGUUUUCUUCUUUUUGCUUUUCCAUAAAAGCUACGGCACCGCGCACCCAGCUAGGUCCUCUGGGAGGAGAAUUUUUUGGGAGAUGGUUAUUGUGUCGUUCAGGUUGUUACCGUGGCAGUUCGAGCUUGUAACGUAACGGUGGUUUUUCUGUAAGGGUUAAAAGUAGGGACCUGGGUAGUACCUUGAGUACCUACGUAUCUAGCUAGGUAUAUAUAUUGCAUCUGUUCAGCUCGGCCAGGUUCGAGUCGGACAAGGACAAGGAAAAGCUACAUGUAUCAAAGGGAAAUCAAAACACCAGGUGAUCUCUCUGUUCCCCCUGUCAAUGAAUGCAUGCCAUCGGUCAACAAACGCAAUGAAUUUAGGCGCAUUACAAAAAGUGUGCGAUUGGAAUUAUACACAUAAAGAAAAAAAGGCGACUUAGGCUUCAAUUACGUACACUGGAGUUGAGUUAUGAGAAAUGUGACUGGCACGAACAGAAACGCCCCCGAAUGCAGAAUCUCAUAUCACUCCCCAGUCGAGGUAACGUAUGUCAGAAAG